UCGGCGCUGCGCGCGGCACCACUUCUGUGCCUCGGGGUUCCCGCUCGCUCCGCGUCCCGCCCGGAGCCCGCAUCCCUGUCCCCGCUCCCGCCAUGGCACAGCCCCGCCUCACCGACUUCUUCGCGCGCCGCCGCCCCGGGCUCCGCGCCGUGCCUCCGCGGGUCAAGCAGGCCUGGCGCACCCCGAGCCCCGCCAAGCCCGCGCCCGGCGCCCCGGCCCGCACCCCCGGCAGCAGCCGCAAGCGCGCCCGCCCGCCCGCAGAGCCCGCGCGCGACCACCCCGCGCCGCCCGCGCGCCGGAGACUGCGGCUGCCGGCGGACGCGGUCUCGGGUCCCACUGCCCCAGCUGCCCUUGCUGCCCCGGCUGACCCCACUGUCCCGGCUGACCCCACUGCCCCAGCUGCCCUCGCUGCCCCGGCUGACCCGGCUGACCCCACUGUCCCGGCUGACCCCACUGCCCCAGCUGUCCUGGCUGUUCCUGGCUCCCCAGAGCAGGCCUCUCUCUCAGCAGGUCUGCAGCCCUGCCUGGCCACCCCGGAGAAGAAAACCUCCUCAAAAGUCACAUUCUCUGAGCUGAAGUCGUGCCUACAGCGGGCCCGGGAGCUAGGGGCCCGGGCCCAGGAGCUGAGGGCAAGUGCCCAGAGGAAGGAUGCUGGGGAGCCCAGCGUGCUGGAGGAUCAGGGGCACCCCGCUGGGCCAUGUGGAGAGAAGGCACCUGCCUACCAGCGCUUCCACGCCCUGGCCCAGCCGGGGCCCCCAGGCCUCGUGCUGCCCUACAAGUACCAGGUGCUGGCGGAGAUGUUCCGCAGCAUGGACGCCAUCGUGGGCUUGUUGUACAACCGUUCCGAGACCGUGACGUUCGCCAAAGUCAAGCAGGGCGUUCAGGACAUGAUGCGCAAGCGCUUUGAAGAGCGCAACGUGGGCCAGAUCAGAACCGUGUACCCAACCUCCUACCGCUUCCGCCAGGAGCGCAACAUCCCCACCUUCAAGGACGGCGUCAAGAGGUCCGAUUAUCAGCUUACCAUUGAGCCGCUGCUGGACCACGAGGCCGGCAGCACGGCGCCCCAGCUCACGGCCUCACACCUCCUGCAGCGCCGGCGGCUCUUCAGCCAGAACCUGGAGAAGCGCGUCCGUGAGCACCACAGGGCCUUCCUGGCCUCCCUGAACCCUCCCGUGGUGGUGCCUGAGGACCAGCUCACACGUUGGCACCCCCGGUUCAAUGUGGACAGCGUGCCUGACAUCGAGCCGGCUGAGUUGCCCCAGCCGCCCACUAGGGAGAAGCCGGCCACCGCCCAGGAGGUGUUGGCCCGCGCCCGCGGCCUCCUGUCGCCCAGGAUGGAAAAGGCCCUGAGUGACCUGGCCCAGCGUACCGCCAAGCCCAGCAGCCCUGGGUCCCCCGGCUCCGCCUCACUGGCCACCCCACCAGCCACCCCGCCUGCGGCCCUGAAGGGGGUGUCCCAGGACCUGCUAGAGAGGAUUCGGUGCAAGGAGGCACAGAAGCAGCUGGCACAGAUGACCCGGCGGCCGGAGCAGGAGCAGCGGCUGCAGCGGCUGCAGCGGCUGCCCGAGCUGGCCCGCCUACUGCGCAGCAUCUUCGUGUCCGAGCGUAAGCCAGCACUGCCCAUGGACGUGGCCUGCAGCCGGCUGCUAGGCAGCUACUCCGUGGCCCUGAGCCCUGGGGAGAUGGAGAAGCACGUGCACCUCCUCUCUGAGCUGCUGCCUGACUGGCUCAGUCUGCACCGUGUCCGUGCGGACGCCUACCUCAAGCUGGACAAGGCUGCUGACCUGGCCGGUGUCCUCACACGGCUGGCCUGCCUUGCCCGGGCGGAGGGGGCACUGUGAACCUCGCAGCCAUGGACUUCUGGUCCCUGCCCUCGCCUGCUGUGUCUUUUACUCUCUUUAGGAACAAGAUGCACUUUCCCCCCUCUGCACCCCCCACCAGGCUCCCUGGCCAGCGUGGGCGGUAGGCCUCCCCUGGGGCAGCAUUUUGUCAUUAAACUGGUUUUUGUUGGGGA